AUGCAAUUCGAUCCAUAUCAAUCCCAGGAGCAGGCCGCACAGAUUCAGCAGGCGCAGGUGCGGGCCCAAGCACAGGCGCAGGUUGAAGCGCAGGCACAAAUCCAGGCCGAGCAGCAACUCCGCCAAGCGCAGCAGAUAGCGCAGCAACAACAACCGCAACCGCAGCCACUCUACCUCGGCUACCCGCCAUAUGCGCCGCUGCCGCCAGUGGGCCGGCAGCCCAUGUAUCCUGGCGCCAUGUAUCCCAACGCGCCAUACGCCAGGAUACCCGCAAACGCAAUUGCGUCGCCCACACCGCACAGAGCGCCUAAGCGCCUGUCUACCCUCAGCGCACACGCGGGUUCGUUUGCGCAUACGCGCUAUGACCAGCCGUUGCUAACCAAGCGGCCGUCAUCCAUGCCAGAUGCGCAUACCGUAUCCUCCGCAACCGCCGCAACUGUGACCUCGCGCACCGGCAGCGCAGUCAGCGCCAUCUCCAUGGAUGAAGACUGCUUGCCCUCGAUGCGCUCGCGCACAGAAUCGUACGAGUCCUUGAGCCAGCGCUCAUUGUCGCAGAGCGCAACCUCGAAGCCGCUACAGCCGCUGCCGCAGGGCGCAAAAGCGCACCCCCACCACAAGGUCAGCGCAUUCGUCGCAAAACUAUAUGCAAUGCUGCAAGACCCCAAACUGUCCCAUCUAAUCUGGUGGAGCAGAUUGGACGAGGGCGAUUACUCGACCUUUGCGCUGCUUCCCGGCUCUGAGUUUGCGCGCUCGCUUACCGGCUAUUUUAAGCAUGGAAAUGUCGCCUCCUUUGUUCGGCAACUCCACAUGUAUGGGUUCCACAAAGUGUGCGACAGCUCGCCACCGCCGGCGCCUCCACGUAGGGAGUCGGGCGCAAGUGCGCAGGGUGACAGCGCUAGCGCCACCGCCACCAACAGCGCAAAGGAGGACAGUGCAGACAAAAAGCAGGAUGCGCAAGACAAAAAAGAGCAACAGAAGACACCGCGCCCAAUCUGGGAGUUCCGCCAUUCAACAAGCAAGUUUAGAAAAGGUGGCCAGGACACGCUGUACAUGAUUCGGCGGCGGCCGACGGCGUCGCGCUCCGCAUCGAACGUUGCGCAUGCAGCGCACCAGGCGGCCGCCGCAGUUGCCGCAGCGUCCGUUUCGCCUGCGGGCGCAUCUAUUAUGGUUCCGCAAUUCAUGCCGCCCGCCGCUUACGGCGGAAUUCCGCAACAGUUCAUCCCAGCGCAGGGGUAUCCACUGCAACAGGCAGCACAGGGCGCAGCGCCACCUGCGCAGCGCCAGGGAACCCCUCCCCAGCAACUGCUGCCUGGAGACAACGCCUCGUUCUCCUUCCGCCCGCUUGCGCGCAGAAGAUAUCCAUCUCUUAUAGUGGAUCCGUACGCUGCGCCGCCCGUUCCGCCAGUGACAUUCUCACCUGCGCAGGCGGCUGCGCUGGCGGUUUCCUAUUACGGACCCCGGCACAGCCUUUCGGAGCUGCAGGCGCACAACAGUGAUCAAUACAUCCAAUACCCAGCUGGCGCGCAGUACUAUGGGUCUGCGGCUGCGGCUGUGGCGGACCGCAGCGCAUCGAUGGCGGUUGGCGCAGACAUGUAUGCACAAAGAGUGGCAAUGCAAAAGUAUGCGCAGCAGUGCGCAGCGCCACCGCUGCAGCAACAGAGCAUACCUCAAAAGCAGCUUCAGCAGCAUCUGGAGACGGCAUUGAGAGAGCAACAGCAUGCGCUGGGGCAUGUGCGCGGUGAGCAGCAAGAAAUAUCGCCGAGAAGCCGCACGCAGCACGUGCCGCAGGCGCCUUCAGCUCAGCGCGGACCCGGCGCAGGUGGUGCGCUAGCGCACACGCUGAAAUCAUCGCUUUCCUCAUCCGUCUCCACAACAAGAGACUCCCUUUUUAGCAACGAGGGGAACUCGAUCUCGUCGACGGCCACGUCGGUGGGCGCGAUUCCGGGAAAAGCUUCGAUCCACAAUAUUUUAAAUGCGGAAUGCAAAGGUGCAGCAUCGAUUCCAGAGCGCGUCAGCGUCAAUGACUUGGUGCAUUCAAGGGCCUCCAUAAAGGUGGAGAAACGCUCUGCAAUUGACGUUUCCAAAAAAUGA